AUGUUUAAGAAAGAGCUAUUAGACAUUAUACCUGGUGCAUUGUCAGCACAAACUGGUGAGGGUGCUGUCGAGGACAAGAAUGUCAGGUACAUGCAAGUGUAUUUCAGGGCUGUCAUUGAGAGGCAGGGGCUGGGAAUUUCCCCCAGCUACUAUGAACCCGGCCCCCGGCUUCUUUCAUUGGAAAAUAGAAGAAAAAUAGAACUAAAAGAAAUCUCAAGCUGUUUUAUUCCCCACCUUCUUGUUGUAUUUACUCAGCAACUUGAAAUCUUAGUGACAUCCCUGGCAUUUGGCAGAAACCCUCCUUUUUAGUGAAAUACUGUCCUUAAUUGUUUUUGUUUUUCUAACAAGUGAAAAGCACUUUAGUGCACAAAAUGAUAGGUUUUAAAAUUGCAUUUUUUUUUUACUUUUAAGUUACUUGCACAUUUGUUAGUGUUGAUAAAAAGUGCUGACUUUUUAUGAGAGCCGUAAACAAAGUCACUUCUGAGAAAGUAAGUGAGAUAAGAUUUGUGACAGUUUUAUUGUCUGAGCCAAUCUUGUAAGUGCGAACUAUAAAUGUCAGAUUCAAGUUGAUAAUUUAUUCCUCAAGUCUGGGAAUGCGACAAUUAAAACUAUCUAAAAUAAUAAUUAUUAUUCUGACUUACUAUUUUUAAUAGUAUAGCUACAUGUAUAAUAGAUAGUCAAUGGCAAGUCAAGUGAGAACACGUUUGCCCUAAUUGUGAUUCUAUACAGCAUUUUUUUUUCACAUGAUGUCACAUCCGCCAUAAUUAUUGGUGUCCCAAAACAAUGAAACGGCAGCCAUGUUGGUGUCCCAAACCAGUCCUGUGGGAGUUAAACUUUUUCUUAUGUUAAAACCUUUCUUUUGUGCCAAUAAAUUUGCAUAGCUGCUGGCCACGUGAGUGAAAAGGCUCUAUAUUUUUUCACAUGAUGUCACAUCUGCCAUAUUGGUGUCCCAAAGUAAUGCAUCCGAGGCCAUAUUGGUGUCCCAAACCAAUCCUGAAUUGAGUCAAAAUAAAAGAGUUAUAUUUUAUUUUUUUUGCUAAUUAUUAACAAAGCCCAGCCCAACCUCCAUUCAGGAGACACGUCUGUUCAGGGGACACUUCCCUUGGCCCCAAGGGUGUCCCCUGAAUAGAGGUUCCACCGUACUCUUUACAGACAAUUAUACAGGUAAAUUAAACUCCUAAGUAGGAGAGGGAUCUUUAAGGGGAAACGUUUAAACAAGCUUAAUUGGAAUUGUAUGAGAGUUGAGGUGGUUGAGCCGGUUAAAAAAACUGUACAAUUGAAUUACAUCAGUAAUAGAUCAACCGAUGACUGUUUAGCUGAAAUGGUUGAGGAGGCAGCUUACUUACGUAUUUCCCUAGGCCCUUGGCUCCUAAUGGGCUUAGGCUAUCAAAAACAUUCCAUAACUUGGCUCUGGGUUGUUCUUAAUUCACAAGAUGGGUUGAUGUUGGCUUUUCAUCUAUGCUUCUGCAACAAGAAUGUUUCUAGAUAGCAGUGCUGGCCCCAUGCAAACCUAUUCAACCAGGAUGGAGGAGGUCCAAAUAAGACCAGCUUCUACCCUUUGACCUGUCCAGCUUGGGUAACCAUACCAGGAGCUAGUCAUCUCGAUGGCAUAGAUCUCCUGGUCAAUGCCACCACAUCAUGGCAAGGAAUGGACCAUGUUGUAGAAGGAGCCAGUCCCGUGCCAGAUCCAUAUUCAGGGUCUUAACCGAACAGAAUGUGCUGCCUUUGUUCCACACAUGCAAAUGGUUAGACAUCCUAGUCUUUCCUGAUUGGGAAGAAAAACAGUAGACCCCUUCUCUGAUCUAGCUCUUGUUUCACGUACGUGUAGUAGUCUCUGGCAGUGAUAACCUCCUCUUGUUUACCUGUCAUGGGUGGUCAUGGGAUUGGUAGGGAAGGAAGGGCACCUCGCGUGGGACCUAUGAAUCAUUUGCGCCCAUCAAAAUUGGGUAUCGCCAUACGCCCACUUGCUUUUCAAGCAGCUAAACGCUUUUGCAUUGAUCUUGAAAACAGAUCCGAGUCGGUGUUAUUGGCAUAUGCUCGCAAAAGGCUUGAGCAGCUGACCAAAGAACUGUCCAAUUACCAGGCAGAAGAACAAAAGAGGCUGGAUCAUUCACUUAAAGUGCAGCGCGAGGAAGACGCCAAGUUAACUGAGCUCAAACUAAAGCAAGAAGCAGAAAGGAUGAUGGCUGAGUUUGAAACGAGCUUGAAAAAGAAGGUAGGAAAAAUUGAAAAGUGGCUCAAAAGGUUUUGUUACUGUUAAAGAAAGGAGCCGAGACAUAAACUUGACUCUUCUCGUCUCCUGGGCCGAGUUGUUCAAAUCUGGGUUAAGAUAACCCAGUGUUAGUGCGAAAUUUGAAUUCAUAUUUGAAAGCUUAAAAAGCAUUUCAGUUUUAAUUCUUUUUGUCUACAAGUUGAUGAUUGGAAGCUCUAAAAUUAACAGAGAAAAUUAUCCGAGAAAAUACUUUUGAACACAACAAAAAGAAACCAGGGUUAAAUUUAACCCUGGGCUAAACGCUAAUCGGCCUUCGAACAACUGGGCCCUGCUUACUCAAUUCGUUUAAAGUUGCUCCCGUAGUCGUCAAACGUUACAUAACAAAUGCAAUAAUAAAUUCAAACACUUUAUGUAUCAUCGUUGAAUUCAUGUACUGUAGGUCUGCAGGACUGCAGGAGCAGUCGUUCUACCUCUCUUUUGAAAUAAAUUUAGUGACUAAAAGACAACAGGAUCGUGAACUGACACUACGGGACCACAGGAGCAGUUGACUAGUAUUGCUUCAAAGAGGCCGGGUAUUCUAAAGCAACUCGAAACAAACUUUGUUACUUCAGUAUCCAUUAUCCAUAAUCCAAUGGUGUAAAUGUAGUGGUAAAUGGCAUAUCCGUGCCGUCGUGGUCAUAGAUUGAGUACUUGUAUAUCAAACAUGAAGCUGACCAGUAAACCAGCAGACUAAUUUCCUGCUUCUUACACCGCCUACACUUUAGGAAACCUCUUUGUUGUUCAAAUGCAAACAUCGUUUUAGUUCUGACAGUUGUGGUGAAUUUACAGAUCUUGUUCGUGCUUCACGAGAAAAAAAAAGUUGCCAAUGAUAAAUCGCUAACUAUAGCAGUGAGAGUGACAACCAACAAACCAAUAGUGUUAUUUAAAACGUGACGGAAUACGGUCAUCUCACCACCAGACCUUAAUGAUCUCGCGACCAAAAAUUCGAUUGCCGACAACAAACUCACCACCAUGAAUUCGACUCGCCACUAGCUAAUAACACUGAAAUAGGUAACACACUUACCAAGGAGUUUGCCCACGUGGCAGUGCUAAGGCUGUGGGUGUAGCCACUACUGGGCCUUUUUGACGGUUGAACUUUAAUUUCUGUAUUCUCAGGAAGCUGAGUUAGCGGAAGUACAUGAGUCAACCCUUCGUCAACAGCUACGUCGCCAAGCAGCAGCCUACGGUGAUCAUCUAGCCGAGGUGCUGCGGGUGCAGGCUGAAGAACUCGGCAACAGGUUUGUUUCACCACUCGUGCGUGACUAUAUCCUUAGAAACUAGCUAGCUCAAGCAAAGACGUUUUUGAGUGACGCAAGUCAACCGGAAGUGAGGCAUUUUCCUUUUCAAUAUACCUUGACGCUUCCAAAUGUGUAUUUCUAAGUGUUUUUACUCUUAUAGAGACGAUUCCCCAGAAAAUCUUCACAUACUAACUACUCAAGCAUGCAAAACGUCCACUUCCGGUUGACUUGCGUUGCUCAGAAACGUCUUUGCUUAAGCUCCCUACUGCCCAGAAACUCUCCAUCGGCGAACUUUCCCCAGAAUGUGUUCAGGCGAUCGAGAAGAUCAUAACCAUGAAAACGCUUCUGAUGCGAUGCGGGUCGAUCCAGAUGACUGGGGAGAUCACAAUUGCUUCGAUAGGAUCACCUGGAUAGCCUGGGUAGGCUGUGUCCAUAACACUCUCUCCUCCGCAGAGGCUACCGCUGGGUAUUCCAAUAAAAAUAGCAAAAAUUAAAAAGAUAGUCAGCGCGCGCUGUACGAUGGAAAGAGGGAAAAGGCGGGAACCUCUCACCCCUUUUUCCCUUUCCAUGCCCCAGCCUCCCUCCAAGACAAAGAGAGAGUGCAUGACGUGAUAUUACCUUGUGAGGUGAUUCUGAUUCCCAUCCCAUUCUAAUUUUCUGCACAUUACUUCCAAUUGCCUUAGAAAAAUUCCACUUGUCUCUUGCCGGAGACUUAAGGGUAUAGUUAAAUCCUUGGCUGGCAAAAAACACUAACUUGGCAAUUUAACUCCUCUAUAGACACAAGGAAGAUUUACAGCAGAAGUUGAAUGCUGAAAAGUCCGCCUUUGAGACGCAACUGAGCGGGGCCCUUGCUCAUCUACGAGGUGUGGAAUCAGUGGUAGAAGGCCGAGCGGAUAUCGAGAAACAGAAUAAGCAGUCUCAGAAACUAUGGGCAGCUUGCCAGUCCCUGGCUUCAGCUAUUGACAGAGGUGUUGACCGCCCCAGUCCCCUCCUUGCCCAGCUGACAGCUAUCAACGAUGCUGCAGCUGAUGAUCCACUGGUUUCUCAAGUUUUGAAAUCCCUACCUGAAGAGGCAGUAUGGUCUCCUCACAACUUACUUCUUUUGUAUUCCGCAGCGAAAAUGUUUCACGCCUCUACCACGGCAGCACACCGGUACUAUCCUCUAUUACCUCGCAGAGGAACCUGAGUGGAUGAAAGGAUGAAAGUUAGUUUCUUUAUUUUCGAUUCAUUCGAUCCUGUGAAAGAAGGGGAACUUGUUGAUGCUGAAAGUGCGGACACUUUUGAUCUUCUUGCGCGCGCAGAUUAUUACCUACGCCAUGGCGAUCUGGAGCUAGCCACACGAUUGGUUAAUCAGCUCCGCGGGGAGCCCAGAAAUGUUGCGCGUGAUUGGCUGAUUGAAGCUCGGUUGUUGUUGGAAACAAGGCAGGCUGCCAAUUUGUUGACUGCUUAUGCCGCUCUCUUAGGAACAGCGGGCAGUGAAUAA